CUGUAUGGAUUGCCCUGCCCAGUUGUAGUGAGGAGACCAUAGAGGGAGGACACAACAACAUGGCAUCACCUAAGCGAGCGAAACAUGGAAAUUGCGCUGUACAUGGAUGUGACAACACAGAAAAGAGUCUGUUUUUACUGCCGACGGGAGAGCCCCUGAAGACGCAGUGGCUUAAUUUUAUUUACUUCAAUAAUACGCCGUCGAGUCUACCUAAGACGGUGUAUGUUUGUCGGAAGCAUUUUCCUGAUGAAUGUUUCCACAACUUGGGACAGUACAGGGCAGGUUUUGCACAUCAACAGUCACUGAAGCCUGGGUCCGUACCAAGCAUCCCUGCCGCAUCAGCCACAAACACCGAACAAGUGAUGCCUCACUAGAGCUGUGUUCCUUUUGACUGCCCUGUAACUGUACACCACCCCAAACCUUUGAUCCAAGAUGGCCGCCACCAAAAGCGGCUCCGAGGGCAAAAUCGCCGGGCUCUAUGAGCUGGAUCGCACUCUGGGGAAGGGGCACUUCGCUGUCGUGAAGCUCGCACGUCACGUUUUCACCGGGCAGCUGGUGGCUGUGAAAAUCAUCGAUAAGACCAAGCUGGACGGUCUGGCCAUGGGCCACCUGUUACAGGAAGUGCGCUGCAUGAAACUGGUACAGCACCCCAAUGUAGUGCGUCUCUAUGAGGUGAUCGAUACACACACCAAACUCUACCUCAUCCUGGAGCUGGGUGACGGCGGAGACCUGUACGACUACAUCCUGCGGCAUGAAGGCGGAGUCGCCGAGCGCACCGCCAAAGUGCACUUUGCUCAGAUUGUACGUGCCAUUGCGUACUGCCAUCGACUGCACGUAGUGCACCGAGACCUGAAGCCCGAGAACGUCGUUUUCUUCCAUCAGCAAGGGACUGUCAAACUCACCGACUUCGGCUUCAGCAACCACUUCCAGCCCGGAACCAUGCUCGUCACCAGCUGUGGAUCACUGGCCUAUUCUUCUCCGGAGAUACUGCUGGGAGAGGAGUAUGACGCCCCUGCUGUGGACAUUUGGUCUCUGGGUGUGAUUCUCUACAUGCUAGUGUGUGGACGCCCACCUUUCCAGGAGGCCAAUGACAGCGAGACUUUGAUCAUGAUCAUGGACUGCAGAUAUACUGUCCCGGAUCACGUCUCUGCGGAGUGUAAAGAUCUGAUCUCACGGAUGCUGCAGAGAGAUCCGUCUAAGCGAGCCCCUCUGCUGGAGAUCGAGUCUCAUCCGUGGCUGCAGGGUGUCGAUGCGUCUCCAUCACCCGUCUCCCCUCAUUGCAGCCUCUCUCCUCAGGAGCACGAGCUCAUCCUGCAGGCCAUGAGCUCCGGGAACAUUGCUGACAGAGACACCAUACAGGAAGCCUUGGAGGCUGACCGGUAUAAUCACAUCACAGCCACGUAUUACCUGCUCGGAGAACGCAUCCUACGGGACAAACAGGAACCUAACGGUCUCAAUCCAGAGCAAAGACACACACAGAGGCCUUUUUCUGAGCCUCUGGACCUGGUGGAAGGCCAGAGCUCUCAGGCUGAUGUUCUCAGAGACGCUUCUUUGGUUCCGGUCACCCAGUUGGUUUCUGUGUCUCCAGGUUUCUCCCGACGGGGUGUGUGUGAGUCUGGAGACCUGCUGGCUCCCAAACCCAGUCAUCAGGACUCAUCCUUCAGUGAUUUUGUCAGUCCCAGCUCUUGCCUAGGUCUCAGUUUUCGCUCUGUACCUCCAGACCCACCUCCAGUGGUCAAAAAUCUUAGAGCUUUGCAUCAAAUUUGUGAGGAGGAGGAGGACGAAGAAGAAGAGGAAAAUCAGCCUGUUGUACAAUGUAGCAAAGCCAGCUUGGUGCCAUCAGCAGCAGCAGCACCCCCUUUGGACACUUCUCCCAGAUGUUGUUUAGUAUCAAAAGCUCCAAGUGUCUCAGAAGAGCUGGGGGACCAAGGAAAGGAAAAGAGCAAGGGACAGGGGCUUUGUGAAGCCCUAACAGAGGAUGAGGAGCUUCAAGAAGGAGAGACAGUCACAGAGGAGAGUCAAGGGGAUGACACCAGCAAAAAUACAACAAAAAAUGAGACAGUGUCCCAGAUAGAGAAGCACUCGUAUAUGCUUAAAGAUGAGCGACAGAUGGACCAAAGCCUGCAGGAGCCCAGUGGACCUCCCCUAGAAGCAAACAGUGAGAAGGAUCACACUGAGGAAACCAAGAAAGAAGGAAAAGCCCCUGGCAGAGCUGUAGAUGAGAGACAGAAGGAUCAGCAGCAGCUAGUUGGGCCUUCAGCAAAUGGCAGGACUGAGGAGAAGAACCACACUGAAGAAUCAAGCGCAACUACACAUAAUGAACAGAACCAGAGUCUCCAUAAGCUGGCUGAACUGCCGCCAGCAGCACACACUGAGGCCAACACUGGGGAACCAAGGCAAGUGGUAAAAGCCUUAGACAAAGCAAAAAGUGAAAGACAGAAAGACCUUCAGAAGACAGACAGAUGUUUACCAGUGACCAGGACAGAGAAGACCCAAACUGAGGACCCAAGCAAAGCACGAAAAGCUUCAGACAGGGCUGAAGACGAGAGAAAUAAGGACCUUCAGAAGAAAGACAGACCUUUAACAGCAACACAGAUUGAAGAUAAGAACAGCAUUGAAGAACCCCAUAAAGCAGGAAAAGGCUCAGAAAAAGCUGAAGAUGAGGGCCAUAAGAGUCAGAACCUUCAGAAGUUAGACAGAUUUCCAGCACCACCUAGGCUUGAUCCUGUGCAGUGCUGCUGGGGCCAGAGCGAGCCCUCCAAUGAUACUCUGGAAGAUAACAAUAACACCCUGUCCAAGCCGAGGCUGCUUAACACCAGUGUCAUUUCAGCCCCCUGUGUCUCUCUGCGAUUCCUACCCAAGAAUCAUUGCGUGGACCUGAGACCAGAUGGUGUGGAAACCCGCAAGGUGCCUGGAGAAGCCGAGAGGACGGAGGAGACGUGCGGCAAACCUCAGCAGGGUCAGCGGGGAUCCAGGGACGCCGGCACAGACUCCAACAAGAACAAGAAUGUUAAUCUGAGAGAGCGCCUGUUGCAGUUCCCGCUCUGUGAGAAAGCUCUGUCAUUCAACAUCCAGCCCACAUCCAAAGAGAAAUUGCUUCCCUUCGCUCAGUAUAACUGUUGCCACGUGCUAUAGGGGAGACAUCUGAAAACUGUCCAGAUCUCUUUGGCAUUCCAGAAAGCUUGUCAAGAGUUCCUGCUUUUCUCCCCUCUUUACUAGUAAUGGGUUUUUAAAAGACAGCACAUGUCCUUGUCUCUUACUGUGAUCUCGGAGGUGCUCUGGCCACACACACACACCUAUUCACUGUACACCCAUAGCUUCCCAUGCCCUUUCCUCCAGCAUUCCCUGCUGCUUUCCUGUGUGGCGGCAAAUGUCCUAGCGCUGCUGUGUAUAUAGACAUCUAAUCUAUAUCUACUUGCAAUUUGUGCAAUCUCAGUGACCUUUUAUUAGAACUAGCAUAUAUCUUGAGUGUAGGAGCCCUGUGAAUAAAACAGUCGCUUGUUGUUUUGCACUGUAGCAGCUUCUCUAGAACAGAGCUUUUCCUAAAAAAGAUGCCAUUACCUAAAAACGUGUGCCAUUAAGUGGCGCACACUAAAGAAACGAUUUGAGUAAAAGCUCUGAUAUGAAAAUUGAAUACGAUCAAAUAUAUAAAUAGAAAAUAUUGCAAUCAUAUGAGUGAGCACUUCUGGAACCACUACUCAAGCAGGACAUAACUUACCAGAAACGAGUCCUCCCCUGCCCCUAAAAUCAUAUUCAUUUUGUACACGUUCAUUUUACACACACCAUUUUAUAUGCUAACCUUAGUUACUUCUCCAACUUUUAAAACAAUUGGAUAAAAUGUUUUAUAGACAGUUCCAGUCAGAAGUUUACAUACACAGACAUGGAUAUGAAUGUCAUGGCAUUAUUGGGCUUUCAAUGAUUUCUCUGAACCUUUCAACCAUUCUGUCACAGAAAAUGCACAUCUUUUCAUCUCUUCUCAUCUCAUUAUCUCUAGCCGCUUUAUCCUGUUCUACAGUGUCGCAGGCAAGCUGGAGCCUAUCCCAGCUGACUACGGGCGAAAGGCGGGGUACACCCUGGACAAGUCGCCAGGUCAUCACAGGGCUGACACAUAGACACAGACAACCAUUCACACACACAUUCACACCUACGGUCAAUUUAGAGUCACCAGUUAACCUAACCUGCAUGUCUUUGGACUGUGGGGGAAACCGGAGCACCCGGAGGAAACCCACGCGGACACGGGGAGAACAUGCAAACUCCACACAGAAAGGCCCUCGCCGGCCACGGGGCUCGAACCCGGACCUUCUUGCUGUGAGGCGACAGCGCUAACCACUACACCACCGUACCGCCCCUGCACAUCUUUUAAUAGAAUAAAAUAAGAAUUUGGUGCACAGGUUUUAAUUUAUUUUGGGUUUUCUGAAAUCAACACGGGGUCAAAGUUACACAUACAGGAUCCAAAAUAUACAUACAGCACACCUAAUAUUUGGUUAAAUAUCCCUUAGCAAGUUUCACCUUGACAGAUACUUUUGGUAGCCAUUAACAAGCUUCUGGCAGAAUUCUAGUUGGAUAUUUGACCACUCUUCUUAGUAGAAUUGGUAGAGUUCAACUAAAUUUGCGUCUUGCCUGGCAUGGACCUGAUUCUUAAGCUGUUUAAGGCUUUUUUUUUUUUUAUAAAGACCUUUAAGCAGUAAGGUCAGGACUCUAAGCUUAAUGCUAGCCUGCUUUAUCCAUUCCACAGCUAGCUUUGAUGUGUAUUUGAGGUCAUUGGCCUGUUGGAACACCCAAAUGUGUACAAGGUUCUGAUGGUUUGAGGUCAUGCUGAAGAAUUCUGAGAUAGUCCUGCUUCUUUGUUAUUCCAUCCACUUUAUGUAAUGCACCAGUUCCACUGGCAGCAAAACGGCCUCAGAGCAUGAUGCUACCGCCACCAUGCUUAACAGUUGGUACAGUGUACUUCUGGUCAUUGUGGCCAAGCAACUCAAUCCUUGUCGCAUCUGACCAUAAAACUUUCCUCCAGAAGGCUUUUUCUUUAUCCAUGUGUUCAGCUACAAACAUCUUGAAUGUGUCAAUUCUGGAGCAGGGUCUUCUUUCUUGGAUGGCAGCCUCUCGGUCCAUGAUGAUGUAAAACUUUGACUGUAGACAGUCUUCCAGUGGUUCAUGGCAGGCCUGUGCCUUGGUGGUUCCUGGCUAUCCAAACCAAUUUCCUCUCAGCUAAAGGUGACAAUUUGGGUCUCCUUCCAGACCAUGGCAAGGCAGCCAUACCUUCCAAUAACUUGUCAAACAAACUCUUUUUAUGUUGGUGCAGAGAAGCUACCAGCUGUAGCCAAUCAUGAUCACUAACAGGAAGUUAAAAGGCCUUGGCAAGUUGACAUUUUGGAACCUUCAGCACCACUGAAUUAAUAAUCCAAGUGGGUGUAUGUAUAAUUCUGACCUGCAUGUAUAAUUUUGAUUUCAGAAAACCCGAAAUAACUUGUGCACGAUUCUUGGGUUUUUCGUUGCCCGUUAAAGAUGCAUGUUGUACAAUCAUUCUGCCACAGAAAAAGAACAGUUCAGAGAAAUCAUUGAUCGCCCAAUAUUGCGAUGACCUUCAUAUUCAUGUAUGUAAACUUCUGACCACAGCUGCAUACCUAUACGUGAAAUGUCUUACCACAGUUGGAUAUUGAUUUGAAUUUCCUCCGUAGACAACACUUUUUAUUUUACAGCAUACUGGAACACGAGCGGUCAAGUGGCCUCAUAUUGCUACGUGUAGAAGGAUUUCGUCAUUUAUCAAGGACUCUAGAUGCUAAAAUUGCAAUACAUUUUCCAACAUAUUACGGUUGUUCACGGGCCAACAUUUAUAUUACCAGUUGUCCACCAGUUGGAGUUGGUGCACUGGUCUCAAUAUUAUGGCUACUCCAGUUCAAAACUGUGUGUACUGAGCAAUUGAGGAUUUGGAAAUCGAGGGCAACUUGCAUUGUUUUGCAUUGAAACAGCUUUAAAUAGAUAUUUGCUUUAAAUGUGUCACUGGAGCGUUCAAGUUCAGAUGUAAAUCGGAUUACCUCACCUCACAUGCACACCAAAUGAAAAUAUUGCUAACUGGGAGCUACUAGGCUUUCCAUUUUAUUAACUAUUGAAUAAAACGUAACCAGUUUAGGCAGAAUGUGUGCGGCUUUGUUGAGUCUGGCACAGAGCUGGAUUUUUUUUUUUUUUUCAAAGCCUCAUAGCCUCACUAAUACCUUUUUACAAAUUACAUUAAGCCUCACACAAUGGCACAACAACAAACGUCCCUAUUUUACUGGCCCGAGUGUGUGUCGGGUUUCAGGAUGCAUGGAGGACAUGCAGAGCAUUUGACCACAUAUACAUGAGCAUGCUACAUUAGCAAUGGUCAAAGUAGUAUUAGCAUCGCACUGGCUGGGCCGACCAGGGAAAGACGUAGAACGUAUCUGUGAUACAAGAACUUGGAUUGAAGUUAUUGCGAAAGCCGACGAGAGAAGCCUGGUCUUCCUGAAACUGUUUUUUGUUUUGUUUCAAACGCAUAUAUGGAUAUUCUGGAAAAUGUUAUCGUAUCAGAGUCUUACUAGGGGGGGUGGUGGAAACAUGGUGACUUCAUAUCAUUCAUCUUUUUUUUAACUUCAUGUUUAUUUAAUUUUAUUUAAGAGGACCAUCGUCAGAGUGUGAGACUGCCUCGAUUUAACUUGUUUGCCUCAGGGUGCACGUUUACUAUUGAGCAAGCAGUCUGUCAGUAUAAGCUCUUGGACACAUCUGGACAUGUACAGUGUGUAUAUAUUCUUUUGAGCAUGUGUGCUAUUAUCUAUGUAUAUGCUAUUGACAUGAUAUUGUGUUUUCACCUAACAUAGCAUACCAUUUAACAAAACUAGCUCUAGACCAUCAAGCAGUGAAGAGAGGACAAGUAGCAUCCUAAAAAAAAUUGACUUCAUAGAAGAACAUUUAAAAACGAACAAAAAAAAAAACCUUCAUAGUCGUCACUAGUAACAGACUAAGUAUAGACCAGAUGUUGUCCUAAUGCAGAAGUGUUAGUGCUAUUACGUAAAGCUGAAUCAGUCACAUGUAGAAUUAUAAAUAACUGCAAUUAGCACCCAUUCACACUGGGAACGGAGUCAAAGCCGUAGCGGUGGUUAUUCUUCAGCUAUUCUCACUAAGGUCUUUGCGGAUGAUUCAGUUCUUCUGCAGUAUGAUGGACAAAAAUUCAUUUACUCGAACAAAAGCAGUUUUCUGAGACAGCCAUAUUUUUUGGACUAUAAGACACGUCACAAAACAGACUAUGCUUCUGUUUACACUUUAAUGUACAGUACAUGUGCUUGUAAUUAUAUGCCAGUAUUAAUCGGGAUGGUGUAUAUUUUAAUUACAAGUAUGUGUUGAUUGGGCUUUUUCUAAAUUCACAACAAUUUCUUUUAUACUGCCGCUUCAAUUUGUUUUCCACUGUCCAUAUCUCACAUCUGUAGCAGCAGACACGCGUACUAUGUCGUAACAAAAUUAUAGAAUCCUAAAUACCUGGUUGUUCAAUGUUAAACUGAAUACUUACUAGAAAAACGUCAGUUAUAGGUGCACUGCUGUCAGCUUAAUGUCCGCUUAUUUUUUUAUAAUACAUAGUACAGUCAAGUGAAAAUCUCAAUUAUUAUCACUAGUGUUGCACCGAUACCGAUACCAGUAUCGGGCGGGGCCCCGAUCUGGCACUAAAAUGGUGGUAUCGGUAUUGGCAAGUAGCAAGAAAUAGGGCGCCGAUACCAUUUACUGAUGCUAGUAUGACACUUGAAUGCAGCCUUCUCUCUCCCGACACUCGCUACACUCUGUGUUGUGUGAUCACACGUGAUCACUGUGCAUGCCUGCCAAGCACGCCAAGCAGCUAUUGCUAUUGACCUGCUCCAGACCAAUGAGAGCGGGCCAAUAGCCGCUCUUAACCAAUACAGGGGCAGCUUUUUCACGCGGAGGAAAAACAAACCACGAGAAGAAAAUGUCGGCGGUCUGGAUAUAUUUCAGCAUAGAAACUCCGGCGAGUACAAUGGCUACAUGCAAGAUUUGCGGCCUGAAAGUUUCGAGAAGUGGAGUUAAAUCGGCCAGUUUCAAUACCUCGAACCUGAUAAAACAUUUGAAGGCGAAACAUGUGAACGAACACAAAGAGUUUGAGGUUGCAGCUCUUCAUAUAUAUAUAUAUAUAUAUAUAUAUAUAUAUAUAUAUAUAUAUAUACACACACACACACACAUUUCAAACGGAGUGGUAUCGGUAUCGGCCGGUACUGCACAGCCAGGUAUCGGUAUCGGGGCCAAAAAAAUGGUAUCGGUGCAACACUAAUUAUCACCUCAAUUCUCAGCUCUUCUGAUAAAUAUAACUGUAGUUGAAACGUUAAAACUGUACAUCAGCUAUCACUAGACUACAGUAACUAUUAUAUAAAAAUGAUGGCUUCGUUUUAGUGACGUACAGCAAUUUGAUUUGAUUUUCUCUCGGAUAAAAUUUACUGUGCGAGGGGGCGUCGUGGCUCAGGUGGUUAAGGCGCCAUACCAUGAAUGCGGGCGACCCGGGUUCGAUUCCGGCCCGAGGUCAUUUCCCGAUCCCUUCCCGUCUCUCUCUCUCCCGCUCAUUUCCUGUCUCUACACUGUCCUAUCCAAUAAAGGUGCAAAAAGCCCAAAAAAAUAUCUUUAAAAAAAAAAAAAAAAUUUACUGUGCGUGCGUGUGUGUGUGACUUAUAGUCCUGAAUAUACGGUACUGUUUCAUCAACCAGCCACAACAUACAGUAGAUGCCAAUUUGUGACAUGUUGACAGCCUCUCUAGCCCAAGAGCAUUAGCUCAAAAUUGAGUCCAACCCGGAACAAAUUAGUAACGAGCUGAAUUUUUCAGAAUAUUUUCAGAAUACCCUUAGGAAUAACAUACUAAAAGUCCCCGGGAAUCCACCUUGUGCUCUCUGAGAAAUUCAAGAUGGAGUCCAAAAUGGCCGCUGAUUGGAGAUUUUUCAAUAUCUCAGGGAUAAAACAUAAUAUAAAUGCAAUUAAAAUGUUAAAUUAUAUGUUCUCUCAUACAAGCAAUGCAAAUUCACCAUUGUCACACUGUUAAAAUUAAAAUUAACCAAGAUUACAAGGUCAUUAAUGUGGAAAUUACAUGGAAUUUGAUGGUUGACAUGAUUGACAGAUUAGCUUAGUAGGCUACCUACAUACAUGAACAUAAUGUAAGACAACAAUUAGACAUCAAUUUCCUUAAUAUUUAGUGCAUCUUUAAGCUUUGAUAAAAUAUUAAAGGGAAAUUAAAUUUGAGAACUCCAUCUUCUAAAACUACAAUGGCAAGCUGUUUCAGUACACGUCUUCAACAUUCCGGCGACUUUCAUGACAAAAAGGUCUGCCUCAAUAAAAGCUCUUGCUUAUAAACAAUGAAUAGACUCAGGCCAUGUACACACGUAGCCGGGUAUUUUUAAAACCGAACAUUCCCCCCCCGUUUAUAAAAAUGUUUUAUCCACACCACCUCGUCUUCGAAAAAAAAUCCCUUCCACACAUAACCGAACAUCUGCGUUUUCAAUCACAUUCAUAAGCAUUCCAAACCUGUAGAUGGCAUUAUUUCCCCAAAUCCUACCCCCUAAUCACAUCAGAAUAGCCCUCUGUUGGCGUCACUUCCGCCUAAACAUAAAACAUGGCGCCAAGCUCGUUCGUCUGGACAGACUCGGAGACAGAAUUGCUUCUAAAUACAAUUUUGGAGUAUAAACUUCAAAAGACGCAAGAAAACGUUGAUUGGGAAUCUUGUCAAAGCAAAUAUGUGGACAUAUUGACCCUGUUUUUGGAGCAGUAGUUGGGCUUCUAAAAUUAAACAUGUAAAUAGCACCUGCACAAUAAUUAACGCUUUCAAGGCACUACUUCGAUCCAUUACUCUUUGUCCAUGCUUAAUCUGGCUUCUGCAGUAAACAAAGGUCGCACGUUUGACGUCAGGGCAGAUUUGUUGUCAUUUUUUUGGCGCAGAUUGUGACGUUCUAAAACGCAAAACUCCGGUUAUCUCUGUCUACACGAAAAGGCAUACACGGAGUUUUCAAAAAUCUUCACUUUGCCCGGAGUUUUUUUAAAUAUUCGUUUUUGAUGCGUUUUCAUGUGGAUGACAGGCCAAAACGUAGAAAAAUAUCUUCGAUUUAGCAGAUACCCGGCUACGUGUGGACGGGGUCUCAAACACUUCUCAGUGCCUCAGUUGUAAUGCUUGGACCUUUGUUGUACCAUCAAUGAAGUAGGGAAUUUAUUCAAGCUUGUUUAAGGGUGGAAAAAAAUUAAUCUUUGAGUUUCUAGCGCCAGUCUUUACUACUAGCAAUGCCAGUGUGUUCGGACGAAAAAUGACUAAACUCAGCAUGACCUUUUAAAAAUGACUGAACUCAGCAUGACCUUUUAACAUGCCAUUUUUCAUUUUACACCACCAAUUUACUUUAAUUAAUAUUAAUGAAAAUAAGUGCUCCAACCCCUAGUAAUUGUUUGUUGUUUUGUGAACAGAAUAGGAUGAUACGGAGUGAACGAGUAACCAAUGGAUCCACACUAUACACAAAUAUACUGUUAUAAUAAUGUGUACAUUGUGUAUUAACAUUAUAUAAUAACAAUGUAAUUAAUACACACAUGUUGGAAUUUACUCUCCUACCCUACAAAACAUACAUUCUGACCUUUUAAUUGCAUUAAUAUUUUGUUUUGGGCCUGAGAUAUGGGCAGAUCUCCAUUUGGCGGCCAUUUUGGACGCCAUCUUGAAUUUCUCAGAGAGCACAAGGGGGAUUUCCGGGGACUUUUAGUAUGUUAUUCCUAAAGGUAUUCUGAACAUAUUCUGAAAUUUUCAGCUUGUUACUAAUUUGUUCCGGGUAUAACCCUAUUACUCCUGGGCUACUCCUAUAAACGACAGAUAAGCUGGCCAAACUUCAGCUUACGCAGAAUGAUCUGAGCUAACACGAAAUAAUUGUAGUGCAGCGUAUCUCUAAUGUAUACGGUGCAUUAAAAAAAAUAAUAAUAAUUAGAAUCCAUUAACUGAUUUUAUAUGUUCUGUAAUCAAGAUACACCAUAGAUAAAAUUAUUCUGGUAAUAUCAUAGACGUCUUUGUCUAAAGUCUUCACAGAUCUCCAGUGUGACUACGGCCUUUAGCCAUGAAGUGUUUUAGAGCAAAUGAAAUAUCUAUAUUGAAAGAGUUUCAGAAUGUUUUACUGCAUUAAUUAAUGCUUCACGGAAAAAAAAAAAAAGAUUUGAGGUUUGCUUGUAGAAUUGAUCGUUAUUGCUUUCAUAUGGUUCUUCAACCUGUAAAGUGUAAAGUAGUCUAAUGCCUAAAGGAAUGGUUGGGUAAAAAAAAAAAAGUCUAAUGCACACAAUUUUCCUUAUCUUGACAUUAUGCUUUUGUAGUUUUUGUGCUUGAAGCUAAUGUACACUACCGUUCAAAAGUUUGGGGUCACCCAGACAAUUUUGUGUUUUCCACGAAAAGUCACACUUUUAUUUCCCACCAUAAGUUGUAAAAUGAAUAGAAAAUAUAGUCAAGACAUUUUUCUGGCCAUUUUGAGCAUUUAAUCGACCCCACAAAUGUGAUGCUCCAGAAACUCAAUCUGCUCAAAGGAAGGUCAGUUUUAUAGCUUCUCUAAAGAGCUCAACUGUUUUCAGCUGUGCUAACAUGAUUGUACAAGGGUUUUCUAAUCAUCCAUUAGCCUUCUGAGGCAAUGAGCAAACACAUUGUACCAUUAGAACACUGGAGUGAGAGUUGCUGGAAAUGGGCCUCUAUACACCUAUGGAGAUAUUGCACCAAAAACCAGACAUUUGCAGCUAGAAUAGUCAUUUACCACAUUAGCAAUGUAUAGAGUGGAUUUCUGAUUAGUUUAAAGUGGUGAUCAUUGAAAAGAACAGUGCUUUUCUUUCAAAAAUAAGGACAUUUCAAAGUGACCCCAAACUUUUGAACGGUAGUGUAGCUAAGUAGUGAUGGAGGUUUGUCUCAACCACAUGCAGUUUUUUGUGGGGUGGUUUUUUUUUUCCCCCCUUUUCAGACUUGCUGUCGAAUACGGUGUAGACAGUAUACUCUGUGAAAUGAAUAAAACAUCACUGUGUAGCUGAAUGCUGAACUCUUAUGGAGACAAACGUUCUAGAAAAGUAGAAAAUCACCCUUAUUUGUUGCUACAGCUUGGUAUCAAUCCGUCCCCAAGGUGCUGCCUCCCAAAGCUUAAAGUGUUGUAUUGGACAGCUGGUAGUUAUGUGGAUGAUAAUAAUAUAGUUCCACUUUGAAUCUUUAUUUAUUUUUAAAUCUAACAAUUUUGUUAGAUGCAAAGCAUAUGACUAUUAGAGCAUUAAUUCACAUAGAAGGUUUGGGAUAUUCGGGCCAGUGAGAAACUAAAUAAACAAGCAUCAGUGUUUAGAUAAUGGACAAAUUGUGUACAUUAGACGUUUUUGCUUCACUACUCCUUUAAAGAUCAUUGAGUGUGUAUAGCAGAGGGUUAUAAAGCACAAACCUGUACUGCGCUUACUCACAGACACUUCCUGACUGCAGGCCUGCUCUAAACAUCCGACUACACCUUUAGAAAAGGAGAUAGAUGUACACGUCAUGAUUGAUUAUCAUUCUUCACUCACUUUUUCAUUUUCAUUCUCAUUGUCUCGGGUCUCCAGUUUACCGACCGGGGUAGAAUGACAUCUGGCUAUGUCUAGAGUCCCAUUGACCCUUAUUAAAACAAUGACUCUGUCUCAAUGAGAUUAAUUUAUUUUUGUAUUUAUUUAUUAAAAUGGAAUAAACCAAA